CUUCUACAUAGUGCCAUUGAAGUGAGUCAUCUUUAGGAAGUGUGGAAAGGAGGAAAGAAAGAAAAAAAAGUUAGAUCUGUUCCGUGCACGGCAGGUAACAGCGAUAAGGUCUGUAAUAGAGAAAAAAGACGAGGGAAAUUAUACCUAGUCGAGCUUUUUAAACGACUCUCCACCUGCGUGAGUCACAUCCCAUUUCAGGUUCACCUGAAGGCGCGUCGUUGCUUGAGGUGUGCUGGCCUACUUUACUUAGAAGUUUGCGCACAUCACAGGCAACACAUCUUUCAAACUUUUGUAGUGGACUUAUGACUUAAGGACUAGUCGAGUCUUAAAAAGAAAAAUCGCAAUUACGUGCGAUGCCAAUGCUAUUCAUCUAUUAUUACUAGGGCGUAAAAGUCAUUCGCUUCAAUUAAUUUAGAGGAACAUAAAUGCACUCAGGAGUUUUCCACCACUCUUCUGGAUAUUCGAGAUAACGUCUUGAGAAUCAAAGGAUUUCACCGCUGCCCUCUCCCACCGUCGAGAUUUGUUCCAAGGCUUCAGAGCUCCCCGCAGUAGUCUACUGAAGUCUUCCUCCCUCUCCUGGAUCAUGUACCAGGACUACUCCGGGAACUACGACACCUCGUCCCGCGGCAGCAGCAGCACCUCUCCGGCCCAGCCAGAGUCGUUCACCAGCGGCAGCAGCACGAUCGGGAGUCCGGUCUCUACCUCCAACUACCAGAAGUACAGGGCCGACAUGCCCGGCUCCAACAGUGCCUUCAUACCUACCAUCAAUGCCAUAACGACCAGCCAGGACCUCCAGUGGAUGGUCCAGCCCACCGUCAUCACCUCCAUGUCCAACCCGUACUCCCGCUCCCACCCCUACAGCAACCACCUGACCAGUGGGCCAGGCCUGCUGGGCCACCACAACCCGCUGGCCAGGCCCGGCGUCAUACGCUCCAUCGGAGACACCCGCGGACGCCGCAAGAGGGACGAGCAGCUCACCCCCGAGGAGGAGGAUAAACGGAGGGUUCGCCGCGAGAGGAAUAAGUUGGCCGCAGCGAAAUGUCGCAACCGCAGACGAGAGCUCACCGAAAUGCUGCAAGGGGAGACUGAGAAGCUGGAGGAGGAGAAGGCGGACCUGCAGAAAGAGAUCGAGACCCUGCAGAAGGAGAAGGACAAGCUGGAGUUCAUGCUGGUGGCCCACAACCCCGCAUGCAAGCUGCCCGCCGACGACCACCUCCACCAGGGGGCCCACCACCACCACCACCACAACAACAACAACAACCACAACCACAACAACAACCACCACCACCAGCAGCAGCACCAGCAGCAGCAGCAGCAGCAGCCGCAGCACCACCACCACCACCACCUCCACAACCAGCAGCAGUGUGCGCCACUGCCCCUCACCAUGCGCUCCAGCCUGGGACCCCGGGCGCCCGUCAACGCCGUGGUGGUGAAGCAGGAGCCCGACGAGGACGACAGCGAGGAGGAGGAGGUGGAGAUGGAUGUGGAGAUGAGCGGCAAGCCCCAGCGCUCCGUCAUCAAGCCCAUCUGCCUGGGCGGCGGCGGCGGCGGCAUCGGGGGCAUCAUGGGGAUGUACUGCACCGACGGGGACAGCCUCAACACGCCGGUGGUGGCCGCCUCCACACCGGCCUCCACGCCCAGCGCCCCCAGCCUCAUCUUCACCUACCCCAACCUGCUGGAGCCCGACAGCCCCUCGGCCACCUCCGAGUCCUGCUCCAAGGCCCACCGCCGCAGCAGCAGCAGCGGGGACCAGUCCUCGGACUCGCCCACGCUGCUGGCCCUCUGAGAGGCCUCUACCGGAGGGGAGGAGGGGGGGAGAGAUGGAGAAGAGGUGGUUCGCCCCCCCCCCCCGUCUGGUGACAUACUGCACUGAGGUUGAGAUCUGAAACACAACACUGUUGAAUGCCAAAGUGUUUUGGGGGCACACACGCUUACGCGCAUUCCACCUGGCGGCCGGAAGGAAAGACAUUCAAGAGCACAAAAGAAAAUGAACGUAUUUUUUGGUUGUUUUUUUUUUUCAAAGAGGAGAGAGAAAGUCCAGAUCAAGCGGAACGGGCUGAGCUGUUUGCUUGCCCCCGGGAGAGCCAUCAAGGCUAUGCUGCUUGUUCCUACUUUUUUAAUUAUGCUUUCGUAUACCUUUUGAUUUAGUUUUUUUUUUUGGUUUAAAUAUGUCAGAUAAAAACACGCACCUAUCUCAAUGGGUGUCGUCCCUUCUCCAUUUCAACCUGAGUGUCAGCUUGUUUACAUAACAGAUGAAUUUGAAGUUAACUGAUGCCUAUUAUCAGGCAGUCAUGAAUGGAGAUGAUCAUACAUCCAAGGGCAAAAUUAAGAAUAUCAAUAUUUUUAUAAACCAUGUUAGAAAAGCCAUGUGGACAACACUUGCACUCUGCCAAGAUCAAUCAAUUUAAAUAUGUAAACGAGGACAGCUUUACUCUGCGUUCUCUCUCUCUCUCUCUCUCUCUCUCUCUCUCUCUCUCUCUCUCUCUCUCUCUCUCUCUCUCUCUCUCUCUCUCUCUCUCUCUCUCUCUCUCUCUCUCUCUCUCUCUCUCUCUCUCUCUCUCGCUCCCUCUCCUUUUUUUAAAUAUUUACUUCAGUCGGACGUCGGUCCUGGGGGUGGAGGUGUGUGGAUGUGCUCGUGGACAUUGUUGAUGUAAUUCCCGUCUCUUUUUUGACAGUAAUUGAUACCCUGUGCUGGUACAUACUUCUUCUGGAGAACCUCGCCCUCCCUUAUCUCUGCCUGUAGAAAAGCCCCAACCAGCCACUGCCGUGCCUGGAACCACUCAGUGUUGCAAAAGGAUACGAGCCAAUUUUAUAUUGACACCCCGCUCCUCGGUUUCGCCAUAGCGUUGGAUGGCUCCACCUCGCAGUGGUUUAUCAAUGUUGCUUCAGUGAUCUUGUGUUUUAACGUUGACCAGGUGUGCAGGAAGUGUCUGUGAUUUAUUUUCUAUUUUCGACCAUUGAUGUCAGGGAUGUUCCCUCAUGUUUAGUGGACCCCCCCCACACCUGCUCAUCCCCACCCAGCAGGACUCCAGGAGUCUUCACUGUCGUGAUGGAGGGGAGUUGAAUCCAUGCCAUGUUUUGAUACAGCCGUGUUGCUGUGCUGCGCUGUGGAGGGGAUGCAUUCGCACAGACUCGUCUUGUCGGGAUGAUUAUACUUUGUUGUUUUUUUUUGCUUGGACUUUUGGAAGAAAUAAUAACCCUGAUAAUUUAAAAGAGCUCUGCUGGAUUUUGUAUUUUUUUGUUGUUGUUUCUUGCGAAUUCUCUCAAUACUUUCUUUUCCCACAGUGAAGUUUUUUUUAAUCCAUUUUCAAAUAGCCUCUCAAGGCAAGCAGGUUUUAAAAAAGCCCAAAACAGUUUGUAUUACAUGUGUCAUGUAUGCCGUGAUCCGUCUGUCAGUGCUGUUCACCUUAAUAAUAAAAGCAAAGCCACUACUCCUGCCAGCUUACAAUGAUGUCACUCUAAAUGCACCUUUCCUUACUAAGGGUGAUCAUUUAAGAUUUCAGCUUCACUGCAGAUUUCAGCUCAUGUAAGGAUGUUUUGGUGUACCUAUACCAACCUUCUCAAUACUGGGUAGAGACGUUGUCACUAGUGGAAGCCUUAUUGGCUCAUAUGCAAUGUCACUCAAGGCAACUAAUUAAUUUUAGACGAUGGCAAGGGAUUAAACACUUGGGAAGACUGGCGCAAGACAGAAUACCUGAGGGUCUACAAAACACUUAUUGAAGCAAACAAACUUAAAAUUGCAAAAGAUGUUGUGAGAAUCUCAAGGGGGUAUGGAUUUUAUUAAAUAAAAAAUCACCAAGCACUGAGACGAAUAGAGAAACUAUAUUUAGGACUUAUUUGUUUUCCUCAAACAUUCCUCCUAUAGUGUAAAUUCAGGGGUUACCUUUACCUUUUAUAAAUAUAAAUAUAUAAAUAUAUUUUUGUCGAUGUUGAUGUCAAUAAUGGAAGAGAGAGCGAGAGCGAGCUGAGACCUUUGUUGUGCUGGAUGCAGCAAAUGGACUUUGACAUUGAAUUUAAAGACUGCUGCUGUAAUGUGUAAAGGUUUUGUUUCGAAGGAACGUGCCAUCUGUAUUUAUCUUGUGAUGAGUCUUUAGUUAUGGUAUCAAGCGGAUACAACAGGGGGAAAACAGCUCAACUCUACAUUGGAAACAUGUGACAUAAAUUGAUACCAAAAAAAGCCAUUAUUGUGGGUGAGUCUGCUAUGUCUGUACGUGUAGGUUUCAAUCGAUCCUUCGAUCCCCUUAGAAAAACAUAGGAAAGCCAUUGACUGUAGAUCUUUUACUGUACAUGUAAUCUACUGUCUACUGCCUGUUUUCAACUACUAUUACUUAUUUUCCAAAUGCUUUAACUGUUUUAAAAUGAUUCAAAAUCAAUAAAAAAAAACAGCAAUAUGUAAAGCCAGUGUUUGUUAAUUUAAAACAAUAAUAAUAAAAACAUUUUGAAAUGCACAAA